AUGGCGACUGAUGAUUUGAAUUCUCCAUCUGAAGAUGAUAUUUUCCAGGAUAAAGAAGAAUUACUAAAAGAGGCGUAUUCAAAUUCAGUCAAUGAAGUGAAUAUACUUUCUAAAGAAUUAUCAGACAUGCAGAAAGAAUUAUUGUACAUUGAACAUUUAAUAGAUGAACAAGAAAUUCAAAAUAAUGAAUAUACUUUAUAUAUUGAUAAAAAGAGAGAGAAACAAAUGAAAAAUACAACAACAUUAGAAGAUUUUCAUUUGUAUACAUUAGGCGAAUUGAAAAAAGACAGAGAGGAGAUGUUAUCAGCUUAUGCUAAAAAGAAAUCCGAAUUACAAAAUACAUUAAUACAAGAGAAAAAGCUGUUGAAAAGUUUCAAGGAAGAAUUAGCAUCAACUGCUGAUAUCCAGUUAAUACGUCAAAAACAAGAGGCCGAAAUUGAAAGAUUAGAAAAAGAGAUUCGCGCGACACGUGCUCAACAAUCUGAACAAUUGAAAGAGUUGAAAGCUCAAUCUAUAAUGAAGCAGAAACAGUUAGAUGAAGAAACGAAACACAUCUUGGAUGAAAUAGUUAAGGAAUCUAAAAAGGUUUCAGACAAACUGAUCACUGAUUAUGUCAGUAAUAUAUCGAAAGAAAAUGAAGAAUUGUACAAGAGUAUUUUAAACAAGCUAGAAGAGAUCAAAAAGCUAGAGAAACAACGAGACGACUUACAGAAACAAAAUGAAGAACUUCAACGAAGUCAAAUAUAUUCUAAGGAUUUACAGUACAUCGAAAGAAAACGUUGUGAAGGCUUAGCGAAACUUGCUGAACAAUCAUCAAAGAUGCUAAGCUAA